AUUCUAAAAAUGGUACAUGUGAGCCAUGUGAAGCAAAUUGUCAAAAUUGUUCAGAACAACCAGAUCAGUGCACGAGUUGUCAGCAUCAUUUAGUACUUUAUAAAAACAAAUGCUACGCAACUUGUCCCUUAUACACCUAUGAAACCGAUGACUACCAUUGUGUUGCAUGUCAUUCUUCUUGUGAAACGUGUAAUGGUUCUUCUAAGAAUAAAUGUAUUGGAUGCCGAUCAGGAUUUUUCUUUUUUGAAGGUGAAUGUAGACAAUCGUGUCCACUUGGCUACAAUGCAGAUAAUAAACGACGAGAAUGUGUGUCUUGUCCUAGUGGUUGCGAAAACUGCACACCAUUAACUUGCACAGUUUGUCAAUCAGGUUGGAGUCUCAAUGAUAGGGGCAUUUGUACUGUUAGCUCCAGUAAUCAAUGUAAAAAGUUUUAUUUUAACGAUAACAACAUUUGCAAGCAAUGCCAUUUAACAUGUGAAAGCUGUUUUAGCUCUUCUGAUGAUUCAUGCAUUACAUGUCGAAGUCCAUUACUUUUGCAGAGUAAUCGUUGCGUUAACCAAUGUGAUGUUGGAUAUUAUUCAGAUGUCAGAAAUUCAAGACCAAUUUGUGUACCCUGCUUACAUACUUGUAAGACUUGCGUUUCUAGAUUAAACUGUACUUCAUGUCAAGAUGAGCUACAACUUCAAAGCGGUGAAUGUAGAUCUGCUUGUGCCUACGGGUUCGUAUCCAUACUGAAUGCUUAA